AAGGUAUUCAAAAUGUAUUUGAGAAUAAUUUUCACAUUAUUUUUUACUUUUUCUAUGGUGCAUGGACAGCAGGGUUCCAUGAUUGGUCCUGGCCUAUGGAACAUUCUGAGUUUUAUGGAGUACGAACCCAGGGUCGGGGACAAUUUGUACAUGAACUGCGACGUGGUGAAGAGAAGGCUGAACCGGACCAAUGAAGGCUAUAACGUCACGUGUGAUUUUGAAAAAGACUUGGACGACUCGUAUGGGAUAUUAAUCGACAUAUGCAAGAAAGUGGACGGCGGAUGCAAGCCCUAUCAGAUAUUGAAGGACGAGAAUAUUACCCAAUUCUUCGAGAAAUAUACCAAUGAAAAUAUUAAGCAAUUACUCUUGUUAGCCGGCGUCGAUCCACCAGAGUUCCCCUUAGCGACGGGAUCAUAUAAAGUGCAAAACUAUAUGGUAGAUUACUGUAAUUUGCCACCGAAUUGCCCUUACGGAGAGUAUGAGGGCACGGGGUGCAUAACUAAACACGGGCAGCGCGUCUGUUGCGUGGCGGCCAUCGUCGAGUUCGUGGAAGACAAUAACGACGUAUGCGGUUAUGAAUAAUCAACGAAACAUUCAGUUUAGUCGUAAUAAUUAUGUAUAUGUUAAACACAAUCAUUGAUAUGUUUAUUAUAAUUCAGAUCACAAAUUAGUUUGACAAGAUCCAUGCAUCAACGGGCCGUUGAGAUACUACGUAAAGGGGCGAUGGAUAUGUCUAUAGUCUAUUUGCGAUGAAUUUUUAUAUAUUUGUUAUUUAAGGACAUAUUUUCUUCAGUGUGUAAUUUUUAAUACUGCCUUUAGUAUCACUUUCUAUAGUAAUAUGUGUAAUACUAUAUUUUUGAUGUUCCAUGCAUUUUAAUAAACGAUAUAAUAAAUGUA